GACGGAUCCUCUACGCCUUGUUCGCCUGAUGGUCGAACAACGUAUGCGCAACGUGACUGGGGAGCUAGAGGCAAUGGAUGACGAUCCCAAAUUUCUCUUAUGGAGCAGUGUUGUUUGCGUUUGCCGUUCCUUCUGCCGUUCUUUUGACCUUGAAGAUGUCGCUGUCACGAAGGACGGCCAAGAAAAAUCGUCACGUGGAAGAAUCAUUCAAUGACAGAACAAUUUUGAUACCGAGAAACCAGAACCACAACCUCUAAUCCACUUUGGAGCAUUCGCUGCCGAGGACAUAAGUCUGUCCUUACGUGCAGCGGCGAAGGAGAUGCAGAUCGAGGAUCAACCGGAGGGUGAUGUUGAUCUACACACUUCUCCAAGAACAGCUAGGAGGUCAUCCCUGUAAGGCAGGUUGUACUCGUAGUUGUGAGCAGGAGUUUUAGUUUUACUUAUUACUUCAUCUUCUAGGGUUGCAUUUUGAAUUUAGUCAAUGUUUUUACGUGUAUCUCGUUUAUGAUCUUCUACCAUAAGUCCAAUCCAUAAAUUAUCUUUCUAAGAAAUGGAUGCCGACCUCUCGAUCUUGCAAAAAACGCUUUUUCCACGUGGGUCACAAGUACGUCAGGAGUUGGGUGCAAUUUUAGCUGUCAUUUACCGCUACCUUGAUUUGAGGUUGCGCUGUCGAGAACUUUUUUUAUGGAUGCAUCCAUUCGUUUGAUGAUCAGAUCGAUUUUGAAAUAGGAAGUUGUUCGUCAAAAAUGUCUGGAUUGUUAUAGACUUAGGUGAUCUCUGUAUGAUAUCGAGAUCAUGAUACUAGAAGGAGAUGAGACGCUACGUCAGGCAAAGACCGCCUCCACCCAUCUUUAAACUUCUUCGCAGCUCAAGCGCGAACCGCGGAAAGUAGUGCGGCAAGUGGUGGCAUUCGCACCAGCCGAUUAGAUGAACAAGGUCGUAAGGCAGUCUCCAUGUCGUCACUGAGUCGUUUAGACGUAGUACCUUAAGGGUAGGCUUCUAGUGUUUCUCUCUGUUUCUCCUACCGUUUGCUAUGACUCUCGUAGAGGGGAAGAACAGAGCCGCCGGGGAGUAGAAGCAUAAAAAAUCUCCCACUAAGCACCUUUUGCGCGAUUUCAGGUUUUGAUGCCUUGCAAUGAGACUGAGGUGUCUCGUUCCGUGAGUAAUCCUGAACAUAGACCUUGUCGCGCUGUGCGUACUCGACCAGCUGGCAGUGCGGUUUUCCGGUCCAGCGAGGAUGAACAAGCAAUGCUUAUGGCUUGUACUCAUUCAGUGUUGAUAAAUAUCCUGUCAGAAGUGGAGUCAUCAUGGGGAACGGAAAUGCUGUACUUGUGGUACUACCUCAUCUUCUUCUAACAUCCGCACAGAAGUGGACUCUCUCCGCGGCUGCCUCUGCUUCCAGAACUACACUCCGAAGAUGUGGCUCAACGAUAGCCACUGGCAUAAAAGGCUUUUAGGUACGGAAUCGAUUUCAUCUAUGUCAACAUUUUUAUCAACUUUCUUUCUGAAUUGCAAGUGCUGCCCAUUGUUCACAAAAUUUACAAGAAAUAUGGCUACUAUACUGAGAAGAAUACUUAUACUUGUUAGAAACUCUGUAGACAUGAGCAGGACGUGACAGUUGAGAAGGUCUCGACGUUCAAAAAUGAGUAAUUCUUCUAAUGUAAGAGCAGUCGACGAUGCUGGCCUCGCCGUUGCCGAUAGGAAAAUGCCUGUGCUGCGGAAAUUCUUGGAAAAUCAAUCUUGUAGAACUACUCGUCAGGAUCAACAGCACAAGAAUGUCUACGACGACAUAGAUAGGACGUUGUCUCCCGCAGCACUGGUGGCUGCAACGUUAAGGAUGCCGCUCUAUUAGCAUGUCCUCAACACCAUGCUUCUUGGAUCUUCUUUUUCUCCUUCAAAAAGAAGCCCUUUCCAAGGAGAACUGUUACCCUCAGGGAACUAGAUGCGAACGCCGUAGAAGCGCUAACAACGGGCCGCGAUGCAACAGCCAUAGCUUCUCCGACUACGGCAGGACGUGUCGACUUUGGGAACAAGGCAGAGCCAGAAAGUCCCGCUUCCCGCACACUGCUUGCUCCAGGUGCAGCUAGUCCGGCACGGGGAGCAUAUACAAGAGGAAAUGCAGCUGUGUCUGUUAUGAUGGAUGAUAAUGGGAAUGGCUGUUGCUUUGUGAAUUACGAAGAAGUUGAAGGGCCGCAACUACAUCGAUAGUAGAUUUUGGAGGGUUAGAAGCAGUGAAUAGAGUAGUACGAAAACCUCUAUCUCUAAAGAUGCAAGCAAACGCGAGGACUUCUUGCAGUAUGACGAUGAGCCGUCUGGAGAUUAUCAAGGCCGGAUCCGAAGAGCAGCCCGCGCAGCGCUGAAGAGUACUGACCUUUUGAGCGAUUUACCCACAUUAUCUGUGCUGUUUGAUGCGAUAGAGGUGGACGAUUCCGAAACAACCAGAAUAGACAAGUUUGGAACAACUACGAGAUCCAAAUUUGGUGGAACGACUGGCGUAAAUGACAACAAUUCCAGUACUAGAGGAGCUACUGCUACAGCUACUGGAUUCCUUCAGUCUACUUCUGGGAGAAACCAGGACGAUGCAAAGAAACAGACACAGGCAGAUGCUCAAAACACGACCGCUGGUCUUACAGCUGAAAACAGCUCUCUACUAGUGGAUAACUUCCUAGCUUCCAGACGCGAAGCACUGGAACAGUUGGAGCUGCAUGUUAGGCGUGCUGAGCUCUUCCUUCGUGUCCUUGCUGAAGAUACGGGUCCGGCGGACGCUGACUACGGGAAUACGAGGAACAACCGAGAGAAGGCAGCAAAAAUUAAGGCUUCGAAAAUGGAAGUGUUACUGUGAUCAAUGCAGAUGAAACCCUCAGACGAAGCCGACGAAGAUAUUCACGUUCUUGCACUCGCCUGCGUAACGACACACCAACCUGAAAUUCUACCUCUUUUCUCUCUCUUCGGCCAUCCUCUAACUCGCUUUUCCCGCAUCGAGUUACGUUUCUAGCGCAGGAAAUUAGUGAGGCGAUGAGCGAGCACUGUGAAUUCCACUUUCAUCAGCUCGUUAUAAAAAGCCAUCACUUUUCCGAAGCCGAUCGCAUCGCUUUUCAAGAAUUAGAUUAUGAAAUACAGUGGAGUACAAGGUUUAGGUCCCGCGACGCUUAAAGCACUAAGUAAAACAACCAGUUCGUUUUCACCUCCACAAUCUUAGGCCUAUCCAAUGCCGCGAGUCUUUGAGUCUAGCAAUGUUGAGAAUACUUCCGGGAAUUCAAGACCGUGCCUCGUCUAAUGCCAGACUCGCUACACCCUUUGUCGCGCUUGGCUCUGUUUCCAUGUAGGGAAUUUCAGUAUGCAGAGUCUCUUUGAUCCAGUAGCUCACGAAGACUUCCGCUUUGGUGUCGCAAGGACGCAGCGGACCCAUGCAGCUGUUUGGCGUACUUCGAACGAAGCAUGGGAGGAGUGUGUGAUAAAGAGAAAAUGGUUAUGGAGAUGGUACUAGUUCUAGACUCAGACAGUUUCUACUAAGAGUUGGAGAUGGUACUAGUUCUAGACUCAGACAGUUUCUACUAAUUGAAUGCCCCUCUGCUCUAUCGUUGGGAGAUCAUCGGUCUUUGUUAUUGGUCAUGCCAUUCUUCGGAAUUCUGUCAGGAACUCUUUCACCGUGUCGAUGGUUAGUGAAGACCAUUUGAGGUGUGAUGAUGAUGAUUCAGGGUUUGCGCUUCCUCUGCCAGUCUUUCACCGCUUCAGAAACUGUUUCAUCUCGCUGGUGGCCUUCGGCUCUUUCUAGAGAUGUGUUCUGUAACAGAAAGCGAGAUGUUUCAUGUGAUCUCCUGCUCGGAGUUCUUGAGCGACCUUCUUCUAACUCCCUACGCUGGUUACUUCGAAUUUGCAGCAAAGAUGCUUGCCUUCUACAAUGCGGCGGGCGGUCCAGAAUCUUGCUUCGGAGAACUCAUGCACCGGGAUGGCCAUAGGUUGUUGCUCACAGCAAUCUUGCUAGUAACAUGAAUCUAAUUUGCUCUUCUUUGAAGGUACAAAAAGACUGAACUACCUCAAAUCCAUUAGACCAUAGGGAUAAAGAGGGCACAUGACAUGACAUGACAUGACAUGAAGACACUACCUUACCUACAACGAGCAAGGUCAAGAACAUUUUUAUGUGGCCGAUACAACUGGUGCAUGUGAAACUAAGAAGUCAU